ACCACGGUCGACAAGUCUUUACGUAUGGGUCCCCCACGCUGCCCCACACCUGGUACCUGCUCGAAAGAGCGAAAGUGACGAAGGUAGAAUACGAUGAAACAGUACAUGUAGUGAAAUCACUUAAGUGUUGUCAACCAAAUGACUUAAGCUAGUUUAAAUAAAAUUUGUGUGAAGGAACUAUGCCACGAAAACUACUAAAAUUUCUAAUACUAUUUGACAAUACAUCACUGCUAUAUUUUCCUGGGCAAUUUUUGUCAGGAAGAGUCCUCAUUGAACUUCAAGAUGACACACCCGCACUCGGUCUUCACUUUCAUGUGGUUGGAGAAGGCGUCGUCAGGGUGAGAACGUCGAGGCAAGAGCGAUUAUAUGAUAAAGAAAAUUAUAUUGAUUUCAAAAUGAGACUCCUCGGAGAACCAGGAGAAGGACCAACAGUUCUGUCUCCAGGAAUACACAGUUUCCCAUUUAAGCUAGGAUUACCUUUAGGUUUACCGUCGACUUUUAUAGGCAAACAUGGCUGGGUUCAAUACUUUUGUAAAACAGCCCUCAGUGAACCCAACGGUUUGACCCAUAAAAAUCAACAAGUUUUCAUAGUUAUGAAUCCAAUCGACUUAAAUUUAGAACCUUCAGUUCUGGCACAACCUUUUCGAUGUGAAAUUGAACACAAAUUGGGGGUAAGUUGUGUCGGAGCCGGCCCUGUUAUAUGCAAAGUAACACUGGAUAAAGGUGGCUACGUACCAGGAGAAAGCAUAGGAAUUUCUGCGAGUGUUUAUAAUCGCAGUAACGUAACGAUUAAAAGUACCAGAGCAGCCCUGACUGAAACUGUGGAAUAUUUAUCAAGAGGAAAGAUAAUUCAAUCCGAAAGAAGAGAACUGUCUUCGAUAAAUCGGGGUAAAAUAAAACCGGGAGAAGUUGACGAGUGGGAAAACGAGCAAUUGUAUGUCCCCCCACUGCCCCCUACUAACCUCAGGGGUUGUCAUUUAAUAAAAAUUAAUUAUGAUGUUUAUUUCAUUAUUGAACCAAAAAGUUUAGAAAAGGAAGUUAAACUUCAGUUACCAAUUAUGAUUGCAACAUAUCCGUUUAGAUCGGACGGAAACGAUUCUACAUACAAAUCUGGAACACACUACCCUUCUACAUUACCAGUUUUUAGACCGUGGUUAGAAGACAAGCCUGUGAUAGAAUAACAAAUCUUCUUAUAUGUUAUUGCAAUACCGCCAUAAUAUAUUAGUUUAAUAGCGUGAUGACAUUAUCUUGUAUAUAAUAUACAUAUAGAUAUUUUACUUUAUUUCUAAUAUUAACUUUUAUAGCUAGGUACCUAUUCUAAAUUUCUCAAAUGUUAAGAAAUUAA